UCGUUUCAACCAAUAGCAGCGUUCGUUACUGUGAUGUCUCUCUGUAAGUAACGCUCUUGCGUGAAAACCAACAGCGUUUUGUAGCAACUCACGCGUGGAAGGCCAUGGACUCUCAGAAAGACAUUCAGCCUCCUAAACAGCAGCCGAUGAUCUAUAUUUGUGGAGAGUGUCAUACAGAGAAUGAGAUCAAGGCCCGAGACCCCAUCAGAUGCAGAGAAUGCGGUUACAGAAUCAUGUACAAGAAGAGGACCAAAAGAUUGGUUGUAUUUGAUGCCCGAUGAGAUGCAUCUGCUGUUAGAAUUAGCUUUUUUAUCUCUGACUGUGUAAAUACAUGUAACCACUAAUGGAUCAAAAUG